CAGUUCGUGCGUCCAGUUCGUGGAAAAGUCGGAAAAAUCAGAGCAUCGGUAGCAGAUGCCGGCAGUUGCCGAAAAUCAGUCUUUGCGCGUUUUCCAACUGCUGCGGUCCAAAAGCCAAAACGACGGCUGAUUUUUCAACCAAAAGUUGUCCAAAACAUUGUCGAGAUUUUUGAAUCGUUUCCAAUCCAAAACAUAAAUAAUUAUUUAACUUGAGAGACAGCUGAAUUUAAUGUUUAAAAAAUAUAUACAAUUAUUUUUUGCGAUUAAUGACAAAAUAAGAAACAAAAUAAAACGCGUGUGAAAAAAUAGUGGUUUUGCAUUAUUAAAUUAAAAAAUAACUAUAAUUAUGAUUUUGAAUAUUUGGCAUGUGUUGUUUGCCAAUUUUUUGGUGUGAAAAUUUGACCAAAAAAAUAAACAAAAUAAAAACAGAAGUUUUGCCAAAAAAAAAAACAAAAAAGAAAACAACAAAAAUCUGAGCCGGAACUGUGCCGCAAAAACACGUGCCUUUUUGGGGGCAAGUACCACGUUUUUGGUGUCCGAACCAGAGCCAGAGCCCGAGUCGGAGCCAGGGCCGGAGAGUUCGAGAUUUUCCCCGAAUAUCAAGGCUUGCAGGAUGUGCAGGAUGCCACGUGGCCAUUGAGAAAUCUCUGGCUUGGAGUGACUUUCAAGGAUAUGUGGAAGGCCAGUGGAAGACAUCUGAUCUGAGAGCGGCUGAGAGGACAUCGUGGGAAAAUGUGCAAAGGCAGCGAUUCUAAAAGGACAGCAACGCUGGCAAACUUAUUAGCGAAAUGCACGAAGUCAACAAAUGGACAGAGAGUCCUUCCAAAGGAAAAGGAGAGUCAGGACCAGCAGCCGCAAAAACAACGAGGUGAACGUCGAAACAAGCUGCAGGAACUGAAACUGGAACUGGAACUUGAGCAAAACCAACAAAGGCAACAACAGCAACAACAAUACCAUAAUCAGCGUCAGGAGCAAGGACAUCAAAUAGAGCAAACGGCAAUGGGGACAAAUGAAGAGGCGUCAGUGGAAGGGGCAGGAGAGGCAGGAACAGCGACAGCGACAGCAACAGCGGCUGCCAAGAAGCACGAACAGCCGACCAAGCCAACAGACUCCAAAUGCAAAAGCAAACACAAAUACAAAUUCAAACACCAACAGGACGAUGGACAGGACAGGCCCGCCUGCCAGUGGCGGGCCAGGAGGACUGCGAUGGCCAGGGAGAUGGGAAAUUGCAAUAAUGUUGCCAGCGUUCAGCAGCAUGUCCUGCGGUUGGCUUGGCUCCUGCUACCGAUGAUGCUGCUCCUCCAGCUGCCGCUGCCGGCCGUGGCAACCGCAGCCUCGAUGACACCUUCGGCCAGGAUCUCCAGUGCCAAAGGCACUGCACGUGAGCUCCUCUUCACCGAGAUGGGCGGCAUUAGUUCCCCAUCCGCCGCAGCAUCUCCUCCCCAAGGAGUGCCCAUCACAGGAGCUACAGGACCAGGAACAGGGAGUGGUGUAGGAGGCGGUGUAGGGGGCGGUGGAGCAGCUGGCAUCGAGUGUCCCAGCUUCGACAACUCGGCCUGUCCUUGCUACAAAUUCGAGGAUGGACUAUUUCUGGAGUGUCCUGGCACCACGGCGAUAUCCUUGCGCUCGACCCUGGAGAGGAUCUCGGCCCCGAUCCAUUCGCUAUCCAUCUAUGACUUUGAUCGUUCGGUGACGUCCCUCUCGCAGGAUGUCUUCCAGCCGGGCGUCCAUAUCCGGCAUCUGCAGUUCUCGCACUCGCACCUGGAGGCCCUCAAGGACAAUAGCCUGCGCAACGUCCGCUCCAGCCUGGAGUCCUUGAGCAUAGUUAACGGCAAAUUGACACAGAUGCCCUCCCGCGCCCUGAGCGCCAUGCAGAAGCUGACGGCUUUGGACUUUGAUUACAACGAGAUAGUACGGGUGGAGGACUACAGCUUCUAUGGGCUGCGGCUCUCCAAGCUGAACCUGAAGGGCAACCGGCUGCAGGGGAUGCCGGAGCACGCAUUCGCCGGACUGGAGGAGUGCCUGCAGGAGAUCGACGUGUCGGAGAACGGACUUAGGACCUUUCCGCUCAUGGCCCUGAGGAAGCUGGACCACCUGAGGAUACUGCGAUUGUCCAACAACCGGAUAGCCACCUUCUACGGGGACAUCCAGCUGGCCACCAACAAUGCCACGGCAGCGGCGGCGGCAGCAGCUGCCCUGCAACUGCCCUCCCUGAUCUUCCUGGACCUCAGCUCCAACCAGUUUGCCGAGAUCGGAGAUGACUGCUUCCGGGCCUUUCCGCAGCUGAAGACGCUGUCGUUCUACGCCAACCAGAUCGAGAUUGUCCAGCCGGAGGCGUUCAAGAGCCUGAGGGAGCUGAUGUCCCUGGACAUGUCACACAACCGGAUCGUCACCCUCGACCCGAAGGUGUUCGAGCGGAACAAGCGCCUGCAGACGGUGGAUCUGAGCCACAACCACAUCCACUCCAUCGGUGGGGUCUUCUCGGACCUGCCCCAGCUGCGGGAGGUGUUCCUCAGCGAGAACAAUAUCCUGGAGCUGCCGGCCGACGCCUUCACGAACUCCACCAAUGUGGAUGUGAUCUAUCUGGAGUCGAACGCCAUCGGCCACAUCGAUCCAAAUGUGUUCAGCACGCUGGUGAACCUGGACCACCUGUAUCUGCGCUCCAACUUCAUACCACUGCUGCCGGUUACCCUCUUCGACAAGUCCACGAAGCUCUCGUCCCUGUCGCUGGACAACAACGAGAUCCAGGACCUGGAGAUCGGCAUGUUCAGGAAGCUGGAGCACCUGAGGGAGGUGCGACUGCACAACAAUCGCAUCCGCCGGGUGAGGAAGGGGGUAUUCGAGCCGCUACCGGCCCUCCAGGAGCUGCACAUCCAGAAGAACAGCAUCGAGGACAUCGAACCGCAGGCCUUCCACACGCUACUGAACAUGCAGCACAUCAAUCUGCAGGACAACCAGCUGACCGUUCUGGAGGACAUCUUCCCGGAGGACAACUCCAGCCUGCUGUCCGUCCAGCUGGAGGCCAACUACCUGCACAAGGUGCAUCCGCGCACCUUCCGCCGCCAGCAGAAGGUGCAGAUUAUGUGGCUGCGGGACAACCAGUUGGUGCGCGUGGAGAGAUCCUUCUUCGCGGACACCCCGCAGCUGGGCCGGCUCUAUCUGAGCGACAAUCGCAUCCGGGACAUCGAGAAGGACACGUUCGGGAGCCUGCUGCUGCUGCAGUUCCUCGACCUCAGCGGCAACCAGCUGCGGCAGCUCAGGCGCGACUACUUCGCCCCGCUGCAGAGCCUCGAGGAGCUCAGUUUAGCCCGCAACCACAUUGAGGCCAUCGAGGGGUAUGCCUUCGCCAAGCUGAAGAACCUCAAGUCCCUGGACCUGUCCCACAAUCCCCUCGUCCAGAUCACCCGGGACGUCUUCCUCGACGAGCUGCCCCUCAGCUCGCUCAGCCUGGCCAACUGCUCGCUGCGGAAGCUGGAGCAGCACACCUUCAAGUCGCUGACCAACCUGAACGACCUGAAUCUGGAGAGGAAUUUGCUAAAUCCGGCGGACAUCCAGAAGCUGGACGUGCCGAACCUGCGGAAGCUCCAGCUCUCCCACAACAACUUCAGCCAUGUGGGCCUGGGCGGCAAUGGCGGCGGCAUCAUGGCCGGAAUGUUCGACAAGCUGCGCUCCCUGCAACAGCUGACCAUGGCCAAUUGCAGUCUGGGGCAAGUGCCGGACCUGCUCUUCUCCAAGAACCCCAACCUGGUCAAGCUCGAUCUCUGCGACAAUCGGCUCAGCCAGAUGAACAGGAACAUCUUCAGCGGACUGAACGUCUUCAAGGAGCUGCGCCUCUGCCGGAACCUGCUCACUGAGUUCCCCCACAUCGCCCUCUACAACCUGAGCACCCUGGAGAGCCUCGAUCUGGCCAGGAAUCACCUGGCCUCCAUAGACUUCUUCAAGCUAAGCGGCACCCUCAAUCUCCGCCAGCUCAUCCUGAAGGACAACAAAAUCACAGCCCUGAGCGGCUUCAAUGCCGUCAACCUGACCCAGCUGGACAGUGUGGACCUGAGCGGCAACUCCCUGCUGUCCCUGCCGGCCAACUUCCUGAGGCAUUCGAUUAAUCUGCAGAGAGUCGACCUGUCCAGCAACCGAUUCCUCCAAAUCCCGUCCUCGGCGCUCUCGGACGUCUCCAUACCGCGCCUCUCCUGGCUGAACCUGACCGGCAAUCCCAUCAAUCGCAUCUACACGGUUAAGGAGGAACGGUAUCCGUACCUCAAGGAGCUCUACAUCUGCCAGACCAAUCUCUCCAUACUGACGUCGAAGGACUUUGAGGCCUUCCAGGCACUGCAGCACCUGCAUUUGGUCAACAAUCGCAUCACCCGCAUAUCGCCCGGCGCCUUCAAGUCGCUCACCAACCUCCUGACCCUCGACCUGAGCGUCAACGAGUUGGAAAUGCUGCCCAAGGAGCGCCUGCAGGGCCUCAAGCUCCUUCGAUUCCUCAACAUUUCGCACAACACCCUCAAGGACCUCGAGGAGUUCAGCGCCGAUCUAUCGGAAAUGCAAACCCUGGACCUCAGCUUCAAUCAGUUGGAUCGCAUUUCGAAGAAGACGUUCCGGAACCUGCACGGCCUGGUGGAGCUACUUCUGAUGGGCAAUCGGAUGACGGUUUUGUCCAACGACGCCUUCCGCUACUUGAGGAAGCUGCACCUGCUGGACCUCAGGAAGAACUACUUCGAACUGGUGCCCCUGGAUCCUCUGAAGCCGCUGGAAACCAAUCUGAAGACUCUCAAACUGGAGGAGAAUCCACUGCAUUGCAGCUGCGACGCCCAGAAGCUCUGGGAAUGGCUGCGGGAUCAUCGCAAAUGGUCGCUGGCCACCGGCGGCAGUGGCGGAGGAGGAGGCGGAGGGGAUUCCAUUAAUUACCUGAGGUGCGAACACCCCUCGGAGCUGCGGGGCAAGGUGUUUGGCAAAAUGGAGCCGCAGCAGUUCUGCGAUGCCCCGCUAAUACCGAAAAUGGCCAUCCAGGACAUCCAGCCCUAUUCGGUGGUCGUGUCCUGGCAGAGUCGCGACCAUUUGGGCCUCACCGGCUUCGAAAUUGUUUACCACGCCACCGGCGACGGACUCGUUCCGGCCGGAUCUCCAACGGACCGUGACCGUGAACGGGAGCGCGGCAGAGAUGGGGAGCGGGACAGGGACAGGGACAGGAGUCAUGGCCAGGAGCGGCAUCGCCAUCAGGAGCAACAGGAACGGGAGCGAGACAGAGACCGUUACCCUCUUGCCACGGAUGAGAUACACGGCAAGCGGCUGAACGGAACUGCCAGCUCCACCAAGCUAACCAAACUGAGUCCAAAUACCCGGUAUCACAUCUGCGUCAUCGGGAGCGGUAAUUGGCUCUCGGAGCCCCUGGCGAAUGCGCUACAACGCCUCCAUGUCAACGACUCCAACCGCGACGAAGAGGCUUUGGUGGUGUCGGCCCCCCUGCCGGAGUCGUACUCCCCCUACCAGCAUCACAGUCGCAUGGCCAUGACCCAGGACCAGGCUCAGGAUCCAGAUCUGGAGAAUGCGAUUGGCGGCGAUAAUGUGCUCAUGGAGGUGCUGAAGAACUCCCACAUCUCGGCCUGCACAGACGUCCAGACGCUGGACUCCACGCCCAGCCUGGUGACGGACGAGAAUGGGCUGUCCAGCAACGGCUUCAUCCACUCCAUCCUCACCCGGAGACUGGGCCUGAUAGUCGGCUGCUGUCUGGGCAUCAUAGUCUUCAUCGUGAUGAUCUCGGUGCUGAGCUACGUGAAGCUGAAGAAGCAGAGGAUCGAGAAUGCCAAGCGGCAGGCCGCCCUGCCUCCGGAGUACAUCUCCUAUCGCCACUUCUCCAUCCCCAACGAGGAGCUGACCCGGACCGCUGCCAGUGCCGGCAGUGCUGCCGCUGCCGUGGCUGCUGCCCAGGCGGCGGCGGCGGCCCAAGCGGCGGCAGCUGCCCAGGCCGCGGCCAACAGCUCCGGCACGCCGUCGGGCAGUUCGCCGCACAUGUCCAGUGUGCCCAGCGGCAUCAGUGCACACAUCAGUGGGACCAGCCUCAGCACCGGCACUGGCACUGGCACCACCACCACCACAGCCACCACGCCCAUCGGUGGUGUCCCCGUUGGCCUGCCCCUCGUCGCAAAGGCCGCCAGUCCCAUUGUCGGCCUGGUCGUUGAUCCCUCCACGGCGGUCGCUCCAACCGAUAACAGUGCCAGCCACCACAGUCACGGCCACGCCCACGCCCACAAUCACAGUCACAACAAUCACGCCCACAACCACGCCCACGCCCACCGCCAGAACAACGGGUAUAUGGCAGCGGGUGUGGUCCUGAACACCAAUCACUUGAGUGUGUGUUAGUUAGCAGGCCACUAGUGGCAGCUCUUGAGCAUAUUUGAGCAGAAACUUCCAGGGACGAAAGGGUAUGGGUUAAUUUUUCUUUUAUUUUUUUAGACUUUAUCAGGAAACUGAAACUCUACUAGUUUCUUUUAGAUAUUUCUUCAAAAGAUUAUCUCUAGCAAUCAGUAGCUAAUUUCGAUGAAAACUUCCACUUUUAAUCAACAAAUAAUUGAUAGCCCCGGAAAAAAGCCAAUAAACUAAUAUUUUUUUGAUUGAAAAUCCAAACAAACCAAAAUGAAGAGCACUUUGGAUCACAAAGUAGGCUUAAUGCAAUCGAAACGCUUUCAAACGUACAUUAGCAUUUGAAUGAUAAUUUAAAACACUUUCCAAAAAAAGC